CGACGAUGGGAGGAACGACAUUCAAGAAUUGGCACGGGUCAUUCGGCAGUCCCAGUGAGAGCAAUACCCCAAGAUUGAUGUUCAAUUGUUCGAUGGGAAUCAUGCCUCUUCUUGGGCAGACAAGUUUGAGCAACUCGGGUAUAGCAACGAAUGGACGGAUGAGAAGAUGCUUCGCAAGGUAAAAAGGUACUGUCAGGUGGGGUACCGAGAUGAGAUCGAUGAGCUGGUGCAGAUCUCUCGCAAUUGUUUUGAUUUUAAGGCGCGGUUGUUGGAGAAGUAUCAGCUCAGCGAUCGGUUGCUCGACCUGCAGGAUUUGAGGGCGGUGGAUCGUAAAAAGUUUGAUACAACCAAACAAUUAUUGUCGGAGUUUGAGCGUGUGGCUCGCCUAAUCCCGGAUUUGUCCGACAAAGAUCGCUGCCUCAUCUUCCUUGAUAACUUCAACGACGUCGAACAGUCGAAAUUGGUUGAAGGGAUGCAAGGGAGGUAUGACUGGACUAAGGUCCGGCAGAAUGCGCUGGUGGGGAAGUUCGACGAUAUCCUCUACCGGCUGUUGAGGCAGCAAAAGGAGGAGCGGGAAAAGGUGAAGCUGGGAGAAGUAAAGGACGGUGAAAUUUACAAAACUUUGACUUGCAUGAGAGAGAUAAUGGAGGGCAUGAAGGAGGAAAGGCUGAAGCUUCAAGUCAUGUUGGCCAAAGAGAAAAAUAGUAAGAGGAAGGGAAAAGAGCCGGCGGGAAAAGAAAGUGACAGUGAGAGCGAGGAAGAAAAGGAGCCGCCUCGCAAGUUGACAAAGGCGGAGAGGAAGAUCUUGAAUCAAAUUCAAGGCGGACAGGGGACUUCCCGUAAACAGGGGAAGAACGGUGGACAAAAUAAUCAAGGAGGGAGUGGCAAUGCUGGCACUGGUUCGUCAAGACAAAGUUCCCAAGAUCAAGGGCAGUUCCAGCCGCAGGGUAGAAGAGGCCGCGGUCGAGGCCGUGGAAACGGACAGCGAAGCCGUUGGGCGUGGCAGCAGGAUGCAGGCCGAAGAGGAAGAACGGGCUCGUCGUCGUGCACUGGAAAGGGAGCCGGAGAAAGGGAAGGCCGAAUCAUUCCACCGGAGGCUAACUGGUCCCCGCCUGGGACAAAGAUGGAUUGGCGAAGUGUGUCAACCGGCCAUAUUAAGGUCCAGAUUGGACAGCACGAGUAUUCGGCACUUGUGGAUGAUGGAGCCGAGAUGAACAUCAUUCGUGAGCGCCAUGCCAUCGAAGCUGGGUUGAAGAUCAACCGAGAUGACUAUGGGUUUUUGGUGGGGGCUAGCGGAUCGACCUCAUUCUGCGGGACAGCCAGUGGCGUCCUUGUCACGGUCGGAAAGGUCAAAGUCCACUCUUACUUCUAUGUGUUACCUAGAGUGGAACACGAGGUGCUGCUCGGAAGGGUAUUCUUAUGUCGGUCGGAAAGCAUCAUCCUUAACAAGCAUGAUGGAACCAUGUUUGUAAUUCUUUGCGAUCCUGUCUGCGGUUAUUACGAAGUGGUCAAGUGUGCAAACACUGGACCCUAUUGCUCGCGGAACCGGCUGAACCCGGAAUCGUAUAGCUUUCCGGAGUCAGAAAAGUUGAGAAGGGAGAAGGAAUCGCUAGGGGAGGAGCCGAAUCCUCGUGAGUUCUCGCUGACCCUGCCUGAUAUUGGGCAGGCAAUCGAUUUCGUGUCGACACAUGCGGCGAUCGAUCCGAAUGUGGUGCAAGCCUUGACGGAGAUCAUCACGGACACCGGAAGCAUAGGGACUAUGCGCCUUGUUUACUCCCCGUCGGAAGGGAAUAAGGGAGAGAGUCAGGAAUUGCCCUCCACUCGACAGGGUCCUUUUUUAGAGGACGCAGACUUGACACCGGCACCAAACGCUGAUGACGCUUUCCAGACUGUUGGAAGGAUGUCAUAUAUCAUGAACUUGUUGGUUCAUGAGGAUCGCAUGAGGUUAAUGAAUGCGGAGGAAGGGAGCAGUGAGGUUAAAGAGACAUUCAAGGAAAAGGAGUACGAAGGGGAAUAUAAGAAGAUAGGCAUGUGGUUGAAUGGGGAAUUGGACGAAAGUGAGGUUGAUCCGGUUGUGCGGAAGACAAGCAAAGGAUUCGUUGUUCGUGACGGUCAUCUCUUUAAGAAAGCUGCUGAUGGUGUCCCAAAGAGGGUGGUAUGCGGAAUCUCUCGACAGUUGGAUGUGAUUGCUGCUCUCCAUGAUGGGGUAGCCGGCGGACACAGAUCUGCGCGGGUAACUUUGAACAAAAUCCAACGUCUUUAUUUCUGGGAAGGGAUGAGCAAGAUGGUGAUCGAUUUUUGUAAAUCUUGUUUCCCUUGUCAACAGAGGUCUAACAUCCACCACCUCGAGUCUCUAAAUCCACGUUAUGUGGCAGAAGCGGGCACAGUGGUGCAUUUGGAUCUCCUGGUAAUGCCACCUGGGAUAAAUGGGUACAGGUAUAUCUUCGAUGCUAGGGACAAUUUGACUGGGUUCGUUGAUGGUUGUGCCGUUCGUGAACGUACUGGGUCAGUCUUGGCAGAGUGCAUUGAAGAAUAUUACCUCCGUUAUCCAUUCAUUCAAGAAAUUGUUAUAGAUCGAGGAGGCGAGUUUUGAGCAAAGGAGGUGCAAACACUUUUAAAGAGACUUGGGCUGAUUCCGACUUUUGUCUUAAGCUAACCAAGAAAGUUGUAAAGUAUUAAUAAAAGCAUUGAGAUUGA